UUGAGAAGGAGUCGAUGAGAGAGGACGCGAGGUGUUCGAAUUUGAGAAUUGUACUAAGGAAAAGCGAAUGAUAUUCUCCCAAAGCUAAAUAUUUGUAUUUACAUUAUUUUAAAUGUACUUUUCAAGUUGUCCGUUACAAAGCAAUAGUAAAAUGUUGUUGACAGAGAGGCUCGCUCACAGAGACCUUGUUGUUCCGGUGGUCAGUAGAAAGUGAAAGUAAAAGUAUCCAAGUACCUUACCUUACUUGGUAACGUUAACCUGCUGCACGAAAACAAUCAAUCACAUGUAUUUAUAAAGCCACUUUUACAUCAGCCAGCAAAGACGAUGGAUAAGCACAAUUGAGAUACUGCUGUAACUCUAUCUAUUGGCCAUGGCUCAUUUAAAAACAUAUGGGCUGGUCCUUCUCUAUGACCUAGUGCUGUGGGGGGCACUGUGGACAGGGUUAGUGCUACUUGAGUUCUCCAGUAGUGGAGGACUGGUGGGGUUAUGGGCCUUUGGAGCCCUAAGGGGGGCAUUGCACCACUCAAUCACCCUGGUGCUUUCUGAAAGAAAGCCACAGCCAGUGCUGAGGAGAUGGGUGGCAGUGCUCUGCCUCUUACCUCCUGUGUUUGAAAGUGGACGUAUGGUCAUGGUGCCGGCAUCGACUGCCGACGACCUGGGUCUGGUGCCUGGCCCAAGCAUGGUGGUCUUGGCCCUGGUAUCCUCCACUGUGGCCUGCCUGGCAUGGGAGCAGGGCUUCCCUGAUGAUGGAGGGAACCAAGGGAAGGAGAAGAAGAAGAAACAGGAGGCCAGGGCACAGUUGAUGAGGGUGGUGCGAUACUGCAAACCAGACACCCUCUACCUGGCUGCAGCCUUCCUCUUCCUCAGCAUGGCUGUCAUCUGUGAGACGUUUAUCCCUUACUACCAGGGGAAGGUCAUUGAUACACUGAGUGGUCAGUACCAGCACAACAGCUUCAUGUACGCCAUUGGAGGCAUGGGACUCGUCUCACUAGGAAGUGCUCUGUGCUCAGGCCUGCGAGGGGGCUUGUUCAUGUGUAGCCUGUCCAGACUCAACAAGAGGAUGAGACACAUGCUGUUCCACAACCUGGUACAACAGGACAUACCCUUCUUUGAGGAGAACAAACCAGGAAGCCUUGUCUCACGCCUCGGCUAUGAUGUGGACAAGAUGGGACGCUCUGUGGCUCUGAACAGUAAUGUGCUGGUGCGCAGCCUGGUGAAGACGGCUGGUAUGCUGUUCCUGAUGCUGGGCCUGUCCUGGCAGCUCACCCUGCUCACCAUGGUGGAGAUGCCCCUCCUCACCCUGCUGCAGACCAAAUAUAACACAUACAACCAGGAGUUCAUUAAGCAGCUGCAGGACUGCCAGGCCCAGAUCAAGGAGCUGGCAUCCCAGGCCAUUGGGGCGGUGAGAACGGUUCGCAGCUUCAGAGCUGAGGAGAAGGAGCUAGAUAGGUACAACCAAGCACUGGAGAGGAUGUACAAGGUCCAGGAGCACAAGGGCAUCAUCAGUGCCAUCCAUCUUUUACUGAGAAGGGUGGUGACAGUGGGCCUAAAGGUGGCCAUGCUGUUCCUGUGUCGGAGGCUCAUCUCGGCUGGCCAGCUGAGCAUUGGCAGUGUGCUGGCUUUUGUCCUCUUCCAGAAAGACAUGGUGACCAAUAUGAAGCAACUUGUGUAUGUCUUUGGAGACAUGCUGUGCACUGUCGGGGCGGCAGCCAAGGUGUUCACAUUUCUGGACAAAAAGCCAGACCAGAAAGAAGCAGGAGAGCUGGCUCCUGCAAAGCUUCAGGGGAAACUUGCUUUCCACCAUGUCAGCUUCUACUAUCCCUCACGCCAAAAUACACCCGCACUGAAGGCUGUGAGUCUGGAACUGCAUCCGGGGAAGAUGACAGCGCUCGUGGGGCCCUCUGGUGGCGGGAAGAGCUCCUGCGUCAGCCUGCUGGCGAGGUUGUAUGAGCCCAAGGAGGGCCAGGUGCUGUUGGAUGGACAGCCCCUGCACUGCUACCAGCACCAGUACCUGCAUCAGAAGAUGGCCCUGGUGUCCCAGGAACCAGUGCUCUUCUCUGGAUCUAUCAGACACAACAUAGAGUAUGGCCUUGUGGGAUGCACCCUGGAGAAGGUGAAAGAGGCUGCGAAGAGCGCCAACAUCCACGACUUUAUUUGUACGCUGGAACAGGGCUACAACACAGAUGUAGGUGAGUGUGGCGGGCAGCUGUCUUCUGGACAGAAGCAGUGCAUCGCCAUAGCCAGAGCUCUGGUUCGAGAGCCACAGGUCCUAAUUCUGGACGAGGCAACCAGCGGCAUGGACAUCAACACACAGCAUGCGGUGCAGGGCGUCCUGGCAGGUUCAGUGGGCCUGACAGUGUUGGUGGUGGCCCACCGGCUGCAGACUGUGGAGAAGGCUGACCACAUCAUCUUCAUGGAGGGCGGGGAGGUGGUUGAGCAGGGCACACACCAGGAGCUCAUGGCUAGCAAGGGGCGCUACCGUCGGCUCAAAGAGAAACUCUUUGAGGACUGAUUAGGAAUCACACAGCUGUCGGAGAGAGAGACAGAGAGACCCACACAGAAUACUUCCAUUUAUGAAAAGUGAAAAUGUUUAUUGAACUGCACACUCUAUCAUGAGGCAUGUUUCCAUAGACACAGGUUUAUUCGACAAAAGCAAUGUCGCAAAAAAUAAUCUUUGUUGGUCUGACGUCAUUACGUAAUCGACACAACUACAUGGUUGUUAAAAAACGACCAACUAAGCAUAUCCAAAAUUAACCGUGUGUAUCUAUGGUUAAAUGGAUACGCGCCCUAAGCAGGCAAUUGUCGCAUCUAUUCUCUAUUCAAACUUUCUAAAUGUCGACAACAACAAAAGAAUCACCGGGCAAGUUAAUAGAAACAUAGCUAAUGAAACUCAAUGAUCAGACCUGAAUAUGACGCAUGUUAAUAGUUUUUUUUACUGCAAGAAAUCCGCAUAUAUCUAUUUUCCUUGCUUUGAUUUACAAUCAAAUAAAAAUUUGAUGUUUUUUUCAGUGGCACUGAAAUGUUAAAAUUAAAGAACAAGUUUGUGAACACUAAAAAUUAGUUUAAAAAAUGUAUAUAUAUAUAUAUAAUAAACAUCUUUGAAAAUGA